AAAAACCAGAAGUGGGCGCACUCUAAUGGUUUCCCCGAAAGGCUUUUUUCCCACCUGCUCCCCGUCUUCCGUCCACCAAGCACAGUUCCAAUGUUCUCACUUUCACUCCUUUCUCCUACCCCCAGACCCUUCCCCUACGUCCCAUGAGCUCAAAACCGCCACUUGAAUCCAAUUGCUACUGGUGCGUUCUCAACACUUUCGCAUGAAAUCCAUGGCGUUCUCAGCCGAUAUGCACGGGGAUUCCAUCAGUCGAACGAAUCAAGGCGCACCAGUGCAUCCAUUUAGAGAGGAACGCCCGCUGGUUUCUGUCCCUCUCGGCUUCCAGAUUUUUGGUUAUGAAAAGUUUAUUACUUGGACUUCGCAAAAUGGGGUUUUUGCUUUUGGGUUUCUUAGGGAUUACGAGUCUGAUGAUGCUGGUUUUGUAGUGGGAAUUUGGUAUAAUCUCCGUAACAUUGGAGAAAGCGUCCCCGUUUGGGUUGUUGGUGCUGGGGUUAGGGUUAGCGAAAAUUCGACACUGCAGCUCUCAAUGGAUGGGAGCUUGGUUUUAGUUGACUUUAGUCGCCAUGGUCUGCCAGUUUGGAGCAGCAGCACUGCCUAUCUUGGAGUUGAAACUGCUACUCUCAUGAACAAUGGGAACUUGGUUCUCAUGGGCAGUGGAGAUAGAGUCGUCUGGGAGAGUUUUAACAGUCCUACAGAUACUCUACUUCCUGGGCAGCCUCUCUCAUUUCCUCAGUCUCUACAAGCCUCUUUGGCAGACUCCGCUUCUAGCUACUAUAGUUUUGAAAUUAAUAAGAGAUCUGGCGACAUAUCACUUGUUUGGGAGGACAAUGUGACUUAUUGGAGUAGUCAUCUGAGCCAGCCUGUGGAUGUUAGAGAAGUUCAUCUUGAGGCAGAUGGGCUUCUAGGGUUAUUUGAUGUUCAAGGGGGUCUUGCUUGGUUUUGUUAUACUGAGGAUUACAAAGAUCCAUUUGUGGCUUUCAGGCGUUUGAGAAUUGAUGCUGAUGGCAAUCUGAGAAUAUAUUCAUGGAACAAUGCUAGUUCUUCAUGGAAGGUUAGCUGGCAAGCUGUGCCAAGUCAGUGCCAUGUGUUUGGCUUCUGUGGAUUAUAUCAUGUUUGUCGUUAUAAUUCUUCCGGACCUUCUUGUGAGUGCCUUCUUCAGGAUUCCGCUUCUGGUGAUUGUGAGAAACUUGCAGAUUUGGGAAAUUGCAACACAGGUAUUACCAUGCUGGUUCUCAAACAGACAUUUUUAUAUAGCCUUUAUCCUCCUCAUGAUUUCGAUAUGAUGCUGAGCUUAGAUGCUUGCAGAAGUUACUGCUUAAAUGAUAGUAGUUGUUUUGCUGUGACUGCUAAAAAUGAUGGUUCGGGACUUUGCACCAUUAAGAGAACUAGCUUUAUCAGUGGUUACCGUUACUCUUCUGUUCCUGCUACUUCAUUCUUGAAAGUCUGCCUUGUCCCCGAGGCCGUAUCUGCUCAAGCUGCUAAUUUGCAUGGAAACACAUUGCCAUUGGAUGCGAAGCAACAUUUAGCUCAAAUAGUUGGACAUAAGAGUUUUAUGGUUGGUAUUGUAGUACUUCUUUUGAUCACAGCUUCUGUCUUUUUCACUGUGGAGAUAAUUAUAGUUUGGUUUGUUCUGUAUAGAAGAAGGCAGACUAAAAUUGAACGGAGAAAAGAUUUUAGAAUGAAUCCACACUACAGUGCUAUGGUUAGGUUAUCACUUGAAGAAGUGAAAGAGUUGACUAAGAAUUUUGGGAAUAAGCUAGGGCCGAGCAUUUAUAAAGGCAUGCUACCUAACAAGAUACUUGUGGCUGUAAAAGUGAUUGGUAAUGCAGUAGUUUCUGAGAGAGAUUUCUUGCUAUUGGUCUCAACUUUGGGCAGUACUCACCAUAAAAACCUCGUUGCUUUAAAAGGUUACUGCUACGAACUUGCACACAAGGUUCUGGUAUAUGAAUACAUAAGCAACGGCUCUCUUGAUCAAUGGUUACUCAACAGAAAGCAUUGCAGAGGCAAGGAUGGCUGGCAUCAGAGGCUCAACAUUUCCAUUGGAAUUGCUCGAGCUCUAUCCUACUUACACCUAGAAUGCAAGCAGUGCAUACCUCAUGGAAAUCUGAAGCUGGAAAAUGUUUUACUUGAUGAGAACAUGAUUGUUAAAGUUACUUAUUAUGGUCUCCAUGCCUUGUUACAGAAGGAUGUUGCUUCUUCAUCUGAGAGUCCUUUGGAGAGAGAUAUUUACAUGCUUGGUCGGAUUUUGCUACACAUAUUUGCAGAAAACAGGUUCGUGGAUGAUGACAAACUAUGUAAUUCAGCUUAUCAGAUGUGUAAGGUUGGGAAGUUGUGUCAGUUUGUUGACCCCCAUUUAUCAAUUGGGGAUGCUGAGUUGGAAGAAAUGGAGAGAGUAGUAAGAUUAGCUCUAUGGUGUAUGCAGAAUAAACCAAGUCUUAGGCCAUCCAUUGCUGAAGUGGUGAUGGUUUUAGAAGGGUCUCUUUCCUUGGACAUGCCUCCAGAAAAUGAAGCUUUUUCUGUAGGAUUCCAUUGACAUUUCUAUGAGAACUUAAAGAUAAGGUAACUCAGUGACCUAGAGCUGACUUCCGUUAUUUUCCUUCCUCCCUAUUACUAACCAUGAAUGACAUGAUAUUUUUGGAAUAUUAGCCACCAUGUUUCAAUCAUUAAAUGAUUUUGAAAUCCUAAUCUUGGCUUUGCUAUGUAUUUGAGUCCGGAUCUUGCCUAGAAAGAUCACUCCAAUUUGCUAUCACUACAUUCAAUGGAUCUUGAAAGCUGAGGGGAUUCAACCCCGAAUUAUUAUGGAUAUAAAUGAUGAAUCAAUAGGAGAGUGCACAGGGAAGAAUUUUGUUUGUGCUUUUUUGUCUCUUAUUUUAAUGACUCCACUUUGUCAGCAACAAUCCGUUAAUUGACUUUUACAAGAUAUCUAUAAAGAAUCUUCACAGA